AUGGAAUUUGGAGGAGAGCUUUCAAGAGUCUACAUGCCUCCAGGAAGUGAGCCAUUCCCUAAAGGUUUCAUCGCAAAGACUUCCAACCUGGAAAGACGACCAUUAUGGGGUUCGCCAAAGAAACUGAACUCUUCAAGAAGUUUGUUCGCUCUUGCCAUUGGAAUAAAACAAAAAGUGACAGUAGACAAGAUGGUGCAGAAGUUCCUGGAAAGCAAUUUUGCUGUGAUGCUUUUCUAUUACGAUGGUAUUGUUGAUGGAUGGAAGGAUUUUGAAUGGAAUGAUAGAGUUAUACACAUAUCUGCUCUGAACCAAACAAAAUGGUGGUUCACCAAAAGGUUCCUACAUCCAGACAUUGUAGCUGAUUACGACUUCAUUUUCGUCUGGGAUGAAGACAUUGGAGUGGAAGAUUUCAGCCCUGAGAGGUAUGCGAGGAAGGCCAUGUAG